UUUCCCCUCACCAUUCCCUACACAACAACUAAAAAAUUACCAACAGCCAAUUAUUCAUUUCAAGUUCAAGCAUCAUCUUCCUCAAUGAUUGAAAAAGAAGUAGCUCAUGAAUCCCAAAAGUCACAAACUUUUCUUCGAGAAUCCGAUAAAGGAUCCUCUGUUGCGUCAAAUUCGACUUGUAUUAGAGGUCGGUUUGAGAAGAUAAUCAGAGGUGCAGACACUGUUUGUUGUGCUUUGGAACAAGUGGAUAGAGGGGCAAAGUUUAAAGAAGAUGUUUGGUCAAGGCCUGGUGGAGGUGGUGGAAUCAGUAGGGUUUUGCAAGAUAGGGCUGUUUGGGAGACUGGUGUUAAUGUUUCUGUUGUUUAUGGUGUUAUGCCUCCUGAAGCUUAUCGGGCUGCUAGGCCCACUGACCAUGGAGAUGUCAUGCCUGGCCCUGUCCCAUUUUUUGCUGCUGGGAUUAGCUCAGUGCUGCAUCCAAAAAAUCCAUUUGCACUAACAUUGCAUUUUAAUUAUCGUAACUUUGAGACUGAUGCUCCAAAAGAUACACCAGGAGCACCAAGGCAAUGGUGGUUUGGUGGUGGUACUGAUCUUAUACCUUCUUAUCUUCUCGAGGAGGAUGUGAAGCACUUCCAUUCGGUGCAAAAAACUGCUUGUGACAAAUUUGAUGCUAGCUUCUACCCUCGAUUUAAGAAAUGGUGUGAUGACUAUUUCAAUAUUAAGCAUCGUGGUGAGAGACGAGGUCUUGGAGGAAUAUUUUUUGAUGACUUGAACGACUAUGAUCAAGAAAUGCUUCUUUCCUUUUUAACAGAGUGUGCAAAUUCCGUAGUUCCAGCAUAUAUACCUAUCAUAGAGAAGAGGAAGAAUACGCCUUUCACAGACGAACACAAAGCAUGGCAACAACUACGGCAAGGCCGCUAUGUGGAAUUCAACUUGGUUUAUGACCGUGGAACUACAUUUGGUCUCAAGACCGGAGGUAGGAUUGAGAGCAUUCUUGUAUCUCUUCCAUUAACGGCACGAUGGGAGUAUGGCCACCGACCAGAGGAAGGUACGGAAGAAUGGAAACUCUUGGAUGCUUGUAUCAACCCUAAGGAAUGGAUAUGAUAGGUUUCAAAAGUUUGCUCAUGUUUGUCUUAUGUUACCUUUCACCUCAUUUCCAUUAUCAUAUCUCCUUUCUUAUGUUUUAUUAUUUUCUUUCUUGUUUGUUGUGUUGGAGCAAAUUAGUCAAAGGUGGUGAAUUACUGAUGUAGAAUUUUCAU